CUGAUCCAGAUUUAGUGGGUGCAUGCAUAAAAAACGGAGUGUAGGAUAUAUACUUUUUAAAAGCAGAUUUGGGUUUUGAUGGAUGCUCAAAGACCUCUCCACACAGUAACUCCUACCAUUCACAGCAUUCCAUUGUCAAAAUGUGCUGGUUUUCCAGUUUAUCUCAAACUAGAGAAUCUCCAAGUUCCAGGAAGUUUCAAGAUCAGGGGAAUAGGCAAUUUUUGUCAGAAGGCAACACAGAAGGGAUGCAAAAGAGUUGUUUGUGCCUCAGGAGGAAAUGGUGGCCUGGCAGCAGCCUAUGCCGCUAGACUCCUUAAACUUCCUGCCACCAUUGUUAUUCCUACAACUACUCCUGCAUUUGUGGCAGAAAUACUCAGAGACCAGGAUGCAACCGUUGAAAUCCAUGGCAGUGUUUGGGAUGAGGCUAAUCAGUUUGCUCUUAAAAUUGCACAAGAUCCAGAUUGUUUGUAUAUCAAUCCAUUUGAUCACCCAGAUGUUUGGGAGGGAAAUGAGUCACUGGUUGUAGAGGCUAAAGAGCAGCUGCCUUCCCCUCCUGAUGUAGUGGUGGCCUCAGUCGGAGGUGGGGGGUUACUCUGUGGAGUCAUACAGGGUAUGGAGAAGGUAGGCUGGGGUCACAUCCCAGUGGUUUCUAUGGAGACUGUAGGAGCAGAUUGUCUGAAUGUGUCCUUGAGAGAGAACAAGAUCACCACCAUUCCUGCUAUCACAAGUGUUGCCAAAUGCCUUGGUGCUCUCACGCCUUGUACUCGAAUAUUUGAUCUGUGUAAAAAGUACUCAGUGAUAUCCCAGCUCUGUACAGACAAACAGGCUAUUGAUGCAUGUCUGAGGUUUGCAGAUGAUCAUCGACAGUUAAUACAGCCUGCUUGUGGUGCAAGUCUAGCAUCUGUAUACAGUGGCAUUCUGAACGACCUUCAAACUCAGGGAAAACUGGGUCAGAUUAAAUCUGCCUUGAUUGUUGUAUGUGGUGGAAGUGGAGUUACACUCGAUGCUCUCAAUAAGUGGAAAAAAGAAUUUGAUCUCUGAUUGUUCAAAAUUUGUUCCAUUUAG